AUGGCUUCUACAUCCCCUCGAAACAUCAUCUCAAAGAAUAAAACCCCCAUCGCCGUCGCCGCAGCCCUCGUCUCAGCAGCCGCAGUAAUCACCUCCAUCUACCGAACAGUCACAGCAUCAUCCUCCACCUUCUCCUCCAAGAUGUCUCACAACCUCCACCCCAGCCUCAAGAACGGCCUCACCAAGGGCUCUGACAGCUUCUCCGGCGGAAAGAUCCGCUGCAAGUGCUCCUCCAACCCCGUCGAGGUCGCCCUCAACGGCCAGGUCCUGCACAACCACGCCUGCGGAUGCUCCAAGUGCUGGAAGCCUGAGGGCGCUCUCUUCGCCAUCAUUGCCGUCAUCCCCCGCGACCAAGUCCAGGUCACUGCCAACGGCGACAAGCUCACCAUCGUCGACAAGAACGCUGCCAUCCAGCGAAACGCCUGCCGCGACUGCGGUGUUCACCUGUUCGGCCGCAUCGAGCAGGAUCACCCCUUCAAGGGUCUGGACUUUGUCCACGUCGAGCUCUCGGACGAGAAGGGCUGGCAAGAGCCUCAAUUCGCCGCCUUUGUCUCCUCCAUCAUCGAGCAGGGCUUCCCCGCCGACAAGGCCAACGAGGUCCGCGCCCAGUUCAAGGACCUCGGUCUCGAGUCCUACGACGCUCUGUCUCCUCCUCUGAUGGAUGCCAUUGCCUCUUUUACCGCCAAGAAGUCCAAGAUCUAA